AUGCAGACUAAAAUACUAAAUUACUUACCUACCGGAGCCACUCCGACAAUUGCUUCAGCGACGAGGAGGAGAAACCAAAGGACACUUGAUGCUCAAGUUCAGCCAUAUGGAUGCAUGAAGAUUAAGGUGAAAUGGUUUGUUCCCUUUGAUUUUUCUGCUAUGAAUAUGUGUAGGGUCUUGAUGUUUGGAGCACUUGGCUUGACCAUUGAAGUUGGCAUGAAGCACACGAAACUUGGAUCUAGAGUUUUAGCACCUUUAAGUCCAAAACAUACCUUGAUGGAAUUUUCCUUUUUGUAA